GACGUCGUGCAUGCGUGAUCCGUCAAACGUUCACCUAUUUCAUAACACACCUUCGGAAGCAGCGAAUCGGUUCAUCAGGAGUUCGUCGUCGCCGUCAUCCCAAUUUCGGAUAUUAUUUUUUUAUCAACUAAAUACUAGCAGCCCAGGUGAGAUGAACUCCCUAACGAGACUGAUCGCAUUCCGCGGCGCUUCGACAUCCGGCGGUCUGCUGUCCGCAGUUGUCCGUCCACUGAGCACCGGUCAGCCCCGGUUCUGUGUCUUCAAAAUCCAAAGCCCACAGGAGUUCCAGGAGAAGGUGAAAGACAGCAAGGACCCCAUCAUAGUGGACUUUUUUGCGACAUGGUGCGGUCCGUGCCGAAUGUUGACACCGCGAAUUGAAUCCAUUAUCGGUGAGCAGAAGGGAAGGGUCAAGCUGGCAAAGGUCGAUAUUGACGAGCACACCGACCUGGCACUGGACUACGAGGUGGCAUCAGUUCCGGUUCUGCUGGCAAUUCGCAACGGCAAAGUCGAACAGCGUCUCGUUGGACUGCAGGACACCGACAAGCUGAGAAAUUGGGUCGAGAAGGUGGUGAAGAACGAACAGUAGUAGCAAUCCCAGUGAGGCAGCGCCCGAAGGCAUUUUGAGUUGUUGGGUGGAAAAAUGAGUGUUUUCGUUUUUCGUUUCGUCAGAUGGAAAUAUGUUGUGAGAGCUUUACUUCAAAUUUUCCCAUAGGGGGAUGAUGAUCGACAAAUAUGCUCCAGGUUAGAAAUCUUGUCAGUGCGUACUAUUUUUUCCUUACCCGGGAUUUCGGGAAAUAUAGAUUUGUUCUGAAUUGAACUGUACUA